AUGAAGGCAUGGAUGAUAUUGAUGUUGGUGAUUUGUGUCUCUAUGAUUGUGGGGCAAUCAGAAGCUGCCAAAGGCCGAAAGUAUUUAAAUCCAGGCGUGAUUAACCCGUGUCUUGGCCCUAAUCCUCCAGCAGGAUGCCAUCCUCAUGGUUCUCAGAAUAAGCCUCGUGUCCCUGUUAACAGUUAUCGUCGUGGUUGCAGUUAUUAUAACCGGUGCAAACGUAGCCCAUAA